UCUAAAAUGAACCAACCCUUUAAGAAUCUUGACCAAGGGUUUGAACCUGAUGGGAGAAGUACACGUGUGAAUGACCGAUAUGACCCUUACUCAAGGCCUCUUGUGCCUGAGGAUAGUUCAGGCAACCUGAAGACAAUGCAGCAAGGCUAUCAUGUUUGCAUUUUAGUCCUAGCCUUUAUUAAUCUAAUAUUUGUAUGGAUGGCCUACGACGCUGUAUUUGGAUACAGUGCUUCUUUGAAUGAUUUCAAGACCAAUUGGAGUCUCAAACCUAUUGUUGACAUCAAGACAGGACUGAACCGAUGCCCUGGAGGAUACGAAGAUCUGAUCAUUGACAGAUGGCCUGGAACAUCAACUGGGUGUGAUUGUAGUCAUGCCUGGGGCUUUUAUCCAUAUCUUCAAACUGGAAGAUGUGAUGUUAAUGAAACAAUUGACGGAUGUAGAACCGUUUCCUCCACAGCAUCAAUGCCUCUUAAUAAAUUCUACUCAUAUAGAAUCUGAGCAAAAAGACAAGGAGAUCCUUUUAACCGAGCUGUAAGACCCACAAAGAUGUUCGGUGUUACAAAAUGUCCUGGAGGAUAUAAAAUAUGUGGAUCUGGAGAACCAAAGGAUCAAUACUGUGUUUCUCAAGGUAGUCCUUGUCCCAUAAACAGCAUCAUCAUCUCUGAUACAUCCAGUUCCUUUUCCAACACCGACUCCCAAAUUCCUCAAGAAAACGACGACCACUAUACAAAGCUCAACCUGGACUCUGGCGUAGUCCUUGCUUUCUCUUACUCCAAAGCUGGUGGUCUUCCAAUAGUUAGAAUGAAGCUGACCGAAGGGGGUGUCUGUGCUAAUCCUGAAGAGGUUGGUACAUCCAAAGGUCGAUACUUGUACAAACUUCUCAGAAGAUAUUCCUCAACCUGUUCCACAAGAAUAGCCGGUUCUUAUACAGACCCUAGAUACGAGCUCGUUGGCAAAGUCAGAGAAGAUAGAUUAUUUGAGGAUAAUGGAGUCAGCUACGUCACAAGGAACUUGCCACGCUAUCCUGCUGCCGAUGAGAGGCAUUAUUACUGGAAUCUAUAUGUGAAUAGGUACUUUGAGUGGGACCCUGACUGCGACAGUGAAUAUGGACUUAACAGAGAGGAUUUUAUAACAACUGUAGAGUAUUCAGUGGAUAUUUCAUGGUCUCUUGGAGUCACCCUUUUUUUUAGUGUAGUGUUCUUUAUUGUAUGUGGCAUACUGUUGUGCGCCUACAAUGCUAUUCUGAACCAGGAUUCUGGUAAUGAUAGCUACUCACUUAAGAAUGUAGAUGUUGGAGCUUUGAUUAUUAAGGGUGUAUUGAUCUUGAUAAUCAUCUGGUAUUGCUAUUCAAAUAUUGGAGUUAUAAGCUCGUAUAAUCAAACUGUUGAUGUGUUAGCUCAAGAAAAAUGCUCAGAUUCAUUCACUAAUAAGAUUUUCCUGAGUUAUAGUGAAGAUCUGUAUUCAUCAAGCGGCAAAAACUAUUUAGCCUUGGUAAUGUCUCUAAUCAUUCUCGCAACAUGCUUAAUUUAUUCAUGAAUGGUGUGUACUGGAAAGUUAGACGAGGUUUACGAUCAAGAACACGAUGCAUAUAUGAGACUUGACAAUAGAGCACCCUUUAGAAACUUGAAUCAACAAGUGCAUUAAUUCUUUGAUUAAAAUCGUCC